CCGUUGCCAUGGUGCCCAGGCCCCGCAACCCCGCCACCGGAAGAACGACCCCGAGUCGGAGUGAGCGCCCGGCAGCGGAGGGCGCCCAGGGCCGUGGCACCGAGACCGACCCCUCAGGUGCCACCUGAAGACCCAUGCUGCCCCCUUAUCUGGAUGUUUGACCCAUGGUGGGAAAAGGCAGCUGCCUCCAGCAGGUUGGAUGUGAAUGGACCAGGCCUGGGACAGAGCCCACGGGCCUUGGCCGAGCACAGCCACUGUCCAAGUGCGGGAGCUGAGCUGGCAAGGCCUGCACAAUCCCCGCCCACAGAGCAAGGACCCAGGCAGCCAUAGGGACAGCCGUGGCGAGCAGCUGGUGGAGGAGUACCGGUCACCUGCCCGACUGCGGGCCCUGGCCCAGGUAGACGACCUUCGACUGGUGAACAUGCUGGAGAUGUGUGUCAACACCCGUGAGAACAGCCUGGGGAACUUUGGGGUGCACCUGCCCAACCUCAGCCAGCUGAAGCUCAACGGCAGCUGCCUGGGCUCUGUGAGAGACCUGGGCACUUCCCUGGGCCACUUGCAGGUGCUGUGGCUGGCUCGCUGCGGCCUGACUGACCUGGAUGGCAUUGGCUCCUUCCCGGCCCUGAAGGUGGGUCUGUGGUGCCCUGGGCUGGGGAGAGGGUGCCAGGCCAAGCCCUGGCUGAGCCCCCUGCCGCCCCAGGAACUCUACGUCUCCUUCAACAACGUCUCAGACCUGAGCCCGCUGUGCCUGCUGCAGCAGCUGGAGGUGCUAGACCUGGAGGGCAACAGCGUGGAGGACCUGGGGCAGGUGCGCUUCCUGCAGCUGUGCCCGAGGCUGGCCACGCUCACCCUGGAGGGCAACCUGGUGUGCCUGCGGCCAGCGCCCAGCCCUUCCAACAAGGUGCCGCGGGGCUACAACUAUCGGGCAGAGGUGAGGAAGCUCAUCCCCCAGCUGCAGGUCCUGGAUGAGGUACCAGCCACACACACAGGCCCCCCGGCCUCCCGGAAGCUGGACCAGGACUGGCUCAUGGUGAAGGAGGCCAUCAGGGAGGGCAGUGUCUUGGAUGGCCUGCUCCCUGGGCUGGAUCAUCCCCAUGGAGCCCCCAUUCAGAAACUCAGCUCCGAGCUCUCCUUGCCCGAGACCCAGCCAUGGGCCCCCAGGCCAUGGCCACUCUCCCUACUGGUCACUGGGGGUCCUCUGCCUGAAAGCCUGCUUCCCAAGGACCCAGCUCCAGAGGAUGACACCAGCAACCUCACCCAUGGGGCUAGCCGAGUCCUCUGCGGGAACCCCACCAGAGGCCUGCGGGAGCGUCGACACCAAUGCCAGGCCUGGGCAGGUCCGGAGCAGCUGCCCCCACACAGGCUGAAGGAGCUGGCUGCCUCUAUUCCAGGGCCUGAUUCUACAGACAGCAGUGACCCCCUGGCCUUGGCGAGGCUUCCGGCCUGCAGGGAGUUGCGCCUGUGCCCCCUCCCUGGUAGGUCCCUGGAGUCCCAGCAAGAAGGUGCCACAGCCCCCUGGGGCCCAUGGAGGGGCCCUGAAGAGCAAGAGGACAAGUCUAGGCCCAAGACUCCCUCCAGCCCCCUAUGCCUGGUCCCAGAGCCUUCCAGGACUUUGGGCUAUAACCUGACCCCCUCUCCCCCCAAGACACCCAUGCCUUCUGAUUCUAGCAACAGUUACUGGGGGUCCACAGGCCUGCAGUUCCGGAGGCGGAGGCUCAGAGCCCUGUGUAGCUUAGGGCCUGGCUUAGGGCAGGGACCUGGCCUAGGGCAGGGAUUGGCUACAGUGACGGAUCUGAGAGCCCUGGAGGUGACCUCAGGCCCAAGCCCUAGAGCCCAAGGAUGUCCAGGCCCAAAGCCAGCACCGGAUCCAGCAGCCAGACCCCCCCGCCUCCGGUGCAUGCCACACCUGAACCCUAUCACCCCAGCCCAAUCCCACCCCUAGUGCAACCCCCCACCCACUGCCAAAGCUGGCCUGGAUUGCAGGCCAAGGAGCCCCAGUGUGGUCAUGGGAGCCCCAUGUGAACUCUGGCUUCAUGGAACCCAGAGCAUCGCGGGGGGUGUAUUGGGGGGUGGGUAAUGGGCUUGACAUAGGAGAGACCCUUCUUGGUGGAGGAGAUUCGGAGGCUGGGAUCGCCAGCGGUAGGCACAAGAAAGAUCCCAGGUUAAGAGAGCCCAGGUCCCCAGCACUGGCCCAGCUGCCCACUCCUUCUACCGGGCCCAGGCGGAGGUGGCUGGAGCAGAGCCCCAUCAGCUCUCUGGCAGGCCCUCCAGAUGCCAGGGUGCAGCCAGGCCUCCCAUCCCCGGCGGAUAUGUGCAGGUCCUCGCCCACGCAGGAAUGGAGAAGCCAGUUUCCUUCCCCUGGGGCAGGGUAUCCCCAGAGCAAGCGAAUCCUUUUAUACUCUCACGUGUACAUAAGUGCCGUUUACUUCGUAGGCGAUGUUGGUUCAAUAAAUUAUGCAGUCGGCA